AUGCCACUAUCCUGGGCUGAUCAAGUCGAGCUUGAGCUUGAACUCGAGACACAGCCCGCUCGUGUGGACACACCGGUCGAAAAUGAUACUGUGUUGCCGCCUGCACCCCCAUUGCAAGUGUCAACGGGAACACAAACUGAAGAUGAUGCUGUCCCACAGCCUCCACCACCACCAUCGCAAGUGGACACCGACACACCGGUUGAAGAUGAUGCUGUCCCACGGCUUCUAUCACCAUCGCCGCAGGUGGACAUGGAUACACCGGUUGAAGAUGAUGCUGACCCACGGCCUCCAUCAUCAUCGCAGCAAGUGGACAAGGACAUAUUAGUUGAAGAUCAUGCUGUCCCACGACCUCCAUCACCACCGCCGCAAGUGGACGCGGACCGACCGUUCGAAGAUGAUGCUGUCUCACGGCCUUCAUCAUCGCCGCAAGUGGACAAGGAUAUAUCGGUUGAAGAUGAUGCUGUCCUGCGGGCUUCACCACCACCAUCGCACGUGGCAGAGGACACACCGGUUGAAGACGAUGCUGCACCACCACCGCCGCAAGUGAAUUCGGACUCAGCAGUUGAAGAUGAUGCUGUCCUGCAGCCUGCACCGCCACCGUCGCAAGUGGUAACCCCCCAGGCAACAAACCAACCUUUCCGAUGGCCAUAUGUGAAGCUGCACUUCGGUAGCUUCCAGAGUAUGAGGGAGCUACAUUUCAAUACUGACGAUCAGUCAGUCGUUCAGUCUCAUCUCGUGACUUGCAAAUACAAAUUGAAGAGGCGUAACGGGUCAGUCGAAAGAUGA